AUGUCGGAACACCAAGACACCACAUCUGCCUCGACCACGGCGGCUCCUAUUCCCGCGUCGACUUCGCAAGAGCAGCCCUCAUCGCAGUCACCCACCCAGGUCUCAUCGGCUGCCUCGACGUCCUCGGUGACGGCUACUGCGGCAGCUGCCACCGCAGCCGUGGCCGCUGCUCCCCAAGUGAAUGGCAACGCUACUCGUCCUAGCGAAGAACUGUCUUGCCUAUGGCAAGGAUGCUCUGAAAAGUGUCCAACCCCGGAAUCACUUUAUGAACAUGUAUGCGAGCGACACGUCGGUCGCAAGAGCACCAACAACCUCAAUCUGACUUGCCAAUGGGGCAGCUGCCGUACCACCACCGUGAAGCGCGACCACAUCACCUCCCACAUUCGAGUACAUGUGCCUCUAAAGCCUCACAAGUGUGACUUUUGUGGGAAAGCGUUCAAACGCCCCCAGGAUUUGAAGAAACAUGUCAAGACUCAUGCAGAUGACUCCGUGCUGGUUCGGUCUCCAGAGCCUGGUGCUCGCAAUCCGGACAUGAUGUUUGGGGGAAAUCCCGCGAAAGGAUACGCUGCUGCUGCGCACUACUUUGAGCCAGCACUUAACCCCGUCCCUAGCCAGGGCUACGCACAUGGGGCUCCUCAUUAUUACCAGUCUCAUCCCCCGCCUCAGCCGGCGAAUCCCUCCUAUGGGAACGUCUAUUAUGCUUUGAAUCAUGGUCACGAGGCGGGUCAUGCAUCUUACGAGUCCAAGAAACGCGGGUAUGAUGCUCUGAAUGAGUUCUUUGGAGACUUGAAACGUCGCCAAUUCGAUCCCAAUUCCUAUGCAGCCGUUGGCCAACGGCUGUUAGGCUUGCAGAGUCUGUCUCUUCCCAUCCUCAGUGGCGGUCCGCUGCCAGAGUACCAACCCAUGCCCGCCCCUGUUGCCGUCGGGGGUGGAGGCUACAGCCCUGGUAGUCACCCUCCAGCUCCCGCCUAUCAUCUGCCGCCCAUGAGCAAUGUGCGGACCAAGAAUGAUCUGAUCAAUAUCGAUCAGUUCUUGCAACAGAUGCAGGAUACCAUCUACGAGAAUGAUGAUAACGUGGCAGCCGCGGGUGUUGCUCAACCGGGCGCCCACUAUGUCCACGGUGGCAUGAGUUACCGCACUACCAACUCGCCACCCAGCCAGCUGCCUACUAGUCAUGCCACGGCCACCACCUCAGGGGGACCAGUGCUGGCCAACCCGGCGGCGCAUUCUCCAUCCACUGGUACACCGGCACUGACUCCUCCCUCGAGCGCGCAGUCGUACACCUCAGGUCGCUCGCCCAUCUCCCUGCCUUCGGCUGCCCGCGUCUCGCCCCCUCACCACGACGGAGGCUCGAGCAUGUACCCGCGGUUGCCAUCGGCCACCAUGCCGGACAGCAUGACCGCUGGCUACCCGACCGCGUCGAGCGCGGCGCCGCCAUCCACGCUUGGGGGCAUCUUUGACCAUGACGACCGCCGCCGCUACACUGGUGGCACCCUGCAGCGCGCCCGACCCGAGGAGCGGACUGUGGCGGAGCCCAUGGAUGUGUCCCACGAUGGCAAGGAGGACGGGGACCGUACGCCACCCGCCAAGGCUCGGCCGGCGGCAUCGUCGCCCGUUCGCAUUUCCGCCAGCCUGAUCGACCCGGCUCUCUCGGGAUCGGCAUCCGAGGAGGAGGCGGCGGCAACCCUCCGGACGGCUCAGGCGGCAACGGAGGUGGCCGAGCGGUCGGAUGUGCAGUGGGUUGAGAAGGUGCGUCUGAUCGAGUACCUGCGCAAUUACAUUGCCUCCCGUCUCGAACGGGGUGAGUACGAGGGCAUUGCGCACCACGACAGCAGCGAGUCCCAGUCGCCGGAAACCGGGCUGGACGAACGCAUGGAAGGGGUGGAGCUGGGGUCGAGUGGGACCAAGUCGGAAGAGCCCGCGAUGAAGACGGAGGGUAGCGACACAGUCAUGUACCCGACGUUACGAGGGGUGGACGAAGAUGGAGAUUCGAAGAUGCCGUGA